AUUUUGCGCAAUUGAAAUGUUUAUAUCGAUUCGUCUAUUUCGCCGAGCUUUGCUCCUCCACUAUAAACAAUAAUAUUUCCAUUAAUAUUCCGUAUAUAAUAUAACCGUCCUAUUUUCCACGAUUUUUGUUAAACUUGCCGAAACUUUUUCUUCGCUCCUCCACUCGUUUUCGAAUUCGUUAUCGUUCACGAGUCAAAACGGCCAGCUUUAUCGUGCUUUAAAAAUAGGACAGGGAUGGCAAGCAUCGCGCCGUCCCGCUCGCUCGUUUUAUCUCGUCCGUGCAUUACGCUGCAUCCUCUGUGGAGCAACGGGGUAUCGAUGGAUUACAUAAAUCGGUAAUACGCGAUAUAUUUUCGCUAAAAUUAUACCGACUGUAUAAAGAAAAGAAAAGCUAUUCUCUCCGAAUUUAUAUAAUUUUGAUCCAAACAACAUUUUUUCUCGAGCAACAUUUCGAUCGAUAGAAAUCAAUAGGAAACGUUUCCUGUGCAACGAAAUCAAAGGAAACGUAUCAAUUUCUACGAAAUAAUUGAAUGAAAUGAAAGUCCGGAAAUGUUAUCGCGCGUGUUCGAACGCAAUAAAAAAAAAAAAAAUGGAAGAGUUAUCGAGUUGAUACGCGAUUGGAAUUUAAUUCCAUUAUCUUCUCUCUCGAGUGUGAAUGAGAGACGGAGGGAAGGGGAGGGAACGGCGAAAAAUUCUGCGAACGGGCGUUACAUUAUGUUGCUCGUGUUAAUAAUAAUCGCUUCGCAUGGAAAGAAGAGCUACGUAAUCGAAAGAAGAAGAAGAAGAAAAAAAAGACGGUGACCCCGUCGUGAUUAAUGUUAUCGAAAGAGAUGUAAUCCUGCGCGCGUGGAAACUAAGAAACCAGUAAAUCAUCGAUACUCGUACAUUGAACAUGUCGAAAAUGUUGCACGUCCGUUUUUACAUCAUUUCGGCGCUUUUGGUGUUUUUCGAUACCGCGUCGGCGAUCGAGGGUGUGAAAGGUGGCCGUCACCGUGUCCAAUCCCAGCUCGCCGUGAACAGCACGACGGCGCAAGGACUUUGCUACAAGAGAAUACGCUAUCAAGAUGCUGUCGAAUUGAACGCCACGGGCCAGUUCCUUCAUAACACCCUCCCGACUUCUCAGGAAGGCACGAAAGGCGGAUGGAUAACGAUUUUGGAUUGUUGCGACGGGUACGAGCGCAAUCUUAACUCCGGUGCCUGCAACCCGAUCUGCACCGAGGGAUGCUUGGGGGGGAACUGCACGGGGCCGAACGUGUGCAGCUGUUCGCCGGGCUGGGUGGCACGGAAGGGCGUCUGCGGGCCUUACUGCGAGCAAGCCUGCCAGAAGGACGCGUACUGCUUCUCGCCGAACGUGUGCGCGUGCAAAUUGGGCUACGAGGAGGUGGACGGCGAGUGCAGACCGAUCUGCCCGCGCGGGUGCGUGAACGGGGAAUGCGUGGCGCCCCACGUGUGCAAGUGCAGGGCCGGGUACCAGCUGGAGCCGGGGAUGGAGGGAACGAACGCUAAAUGCGUGCCGGUGUGCGAAAACGGUUGCCGUAACGGAGAGUGCACAGCUCCUGGGGUGUGCACCUGCCACGAAGGAUACGUCAAUCCUCCGAACGAGCCCGAAUACUGCGUGCCCGACUGUCCGGCCGGCUGCGCGAACGGCAAGUGCAUCGCCCCGGCCGUUUGCCAGUGCGAGCCGAACCACGUCCUCAACGGAAGCAACGCAUGCGUGCCCGAGUGCCCGCUGGGCUGCGCGAACGGCGAGUGCGUGGCGCCCGGCGUGUGCAAGUGCGAGCCAGGCUUCGCCCUCGACCCCGCCAACAGAUGCGUGCCCCAGUGCCCGCUGGGCUGCGCCAACGGCGAGUGCGUGGCGCCCGGCGUGUGCAAGUGCGGCCCGGGCUUCGCCCUCGACCCCGUCUCCGCCAACAGGUGCGUGCCCGAGUGCCCGCUGGGCUGCGUGAACGGCGAGUGCGUGGCGCCCGGUGCCUGCGCCUGCAAGCCCGGCUACUCCGUGGACGCGAGCAGAAAGUGCGUCCCGACGUGCUCCCGGGAUUGCGCGAACGGGAGAUGCGUCGCGCCGGACACUUGCGAGUGCAACCCGGGCUACGCUCUGGACGCCAACGACAACUGCGCGCCCGACUGUCCCCAGGGUUGCGCGAACGGCGAAUGCGUUGCGCCGGGAGUGUGCGCCUGCGACGCGGGCUACUCGCCCGACCCGAGCGGCGGCUGCGUCGGGAGGCCGGCCGUGGACGAGCGGCCGUCGAGGACGGACUGUCGCUUGGACUGCGGCCCGAACGCGCACUGCGUCGGCCCCAACCAGUGCACCUGCGACCUGGGCUUCAAGCUGGACCCGGACACCAAGAAGUGCGUCCCGUUCUCCAACUCUUUCAGUUGCAGGAACGGGUGCGGCGCCCGCGGCCUCUGCGUGGGGCCCGACAUGUGCGUGUGCGAUUACGGGAUGGCCGUGGAUCCCGCGACGGGCAGGUGCCCGGAGCCGAGGAGCCAGACGGCGAGCCGGACGGAUCGGCCGCAGUGCCAGCGCGGUUGCGGGCCGAACGGCGUCUGCGUCGGCCCCGAUCGUUGCGCGUGCAACGAGGGAUUCGCGCUCGAUUCCAACACCGGCAGAUGCGUCCCCUCGGCGGCCGAGCCUUUCUGCGAGCUUCCGUGCCUGAACGGCGAGUGCACCGGCUUGAACCAAUGCACGUGCAAGCGCGGUUACGUUUUCAGCCCCUCGGACGCGACGAGGACGAGAUGCGUGCCAGUGUGCUUCGGCGGCUGUCACAAUGGCGUGUGCACCGCACCCAAUCUGUGCAUCUGCAACCCUGGCUAUGUAAAAGAGAGUGGAGUCAAGGGCAGGCAAAGAUGCGUUCCCGUUUAUUCAUUAGGGAAGCGAUAUCGCUGGACAUCCUGUUUUGUUUCUGUCGUGUCGCAGGACGCGAUGGCGCCAGUGAAUGAUGAGAAACGGCUCGACAUGCAUCUCGAAACGGCAUCUCUCCAAGCUGUAGUACUUUUUCUCCCCGUCCUUUUCAAACUAGUUAACGGGGCGAUACUGUUCCCAGAGGAGAGCAAAGGUGUUUGUACGCAACGGAUCAGUUUCAUAGCGACGCAAAACGUGCCGUACAAGGAGUCCUACAGAUCCUACACAUGGGGCAUUUUCUGGACGACGAAAUAUCGUUGGAAUAACCGGAAGGAGUAUUAUAUCGACUAUCGCAUCGACCACCGUUGCUGCAAGGGAUACGUGGCCAAGAACGGUGUUUGCGUACCUGUUUGCACCCCAGCUUGCGUCAAUGGCCAAUGCAUGCCGAAUAAUUAUUGCAAAUGCGACCAUGGAUACGAAAGUUACAUAGGGAACGAAUGUUUACCGUAUUGCAGCAAUUGCGAGCACGGAAAAUGCAUAGCGCCAGACGUAUGCCAGUGCGAUUUCGGAUAUCAAAUGAACAAGAACGGUGUCUGCGAGCCAGUAUGCGCCCAAGACUGCGAAAAGCAACACGCUUAUUGCUCCUCGCCGAACACGUGCACCUGCAAUUUUGGUUACCAGACUGUCAACCGUCAAUGCGAGCCAAUCUGCACGUUGAAAUGCGUGAACGGGAUGUGUACGAAGCCUGAAACGUGCACUUGUUACGUCGGUUACGUACAGCACGCGAUGCAACACGUUUGCGUCCCACAUUGCGAGGAAUCUUGCGAGCCGAACGGGAAAUGCACUGCCCCUAAUGUCUGUACUUGUUACAAGGGUUAUCGUCUCGAUAAGGGGAGCAAGACGAAAUGCAAGCCUAUCUGCAAGCGAACUUGCGUGAACGGAUACUGCAGCGCACCGGAAGUAUGCAAAUGUAAUCCAGGCUACGAACACUCCGCGACCAAUCGCACCACGAUCAUCUGCCAACCCAUCUGCGUGAACGGCUGCGUAAACGGGUAUUGCAGCGGUCCGAAUAUCUGCGAAUGCAACCCGGGCUAUCGAUUUUCAAAAGACAGGUCCGAUCUCUGCGAACCGUUCUGCGAACGGCCUUGCAAGAACGGUCGCUGCACCGCUCCCAACCAGUGCACCUGCGACAGUGGCUACCAUCCAAACGCGUACGAUCCCUUCACUUGCGACCCGACCUGCAACGAGGGAUGCCAUUUCGGAACUUGCACCGCGCCUGCCACGUGUACUUGUUACGAUGGGUACUCGCCGAUAAACGCGAAGGUGUGCAAGCCCGUGUGCACGAAACUGUGCGUGCACGGGUACUGCAGCGCUCCAGAGGUCUGCAGCUGCGAUCCCGGCUACAAGUUCUCCGAUGAUUAUUAUAAUUUCAUAUGCAUACCGCAAUGCGAACAAAGCUGCGUGAACGGAGACUGCAUUGCGCCGAACAAGUGCGAAUGUUGGAAGGAUUAUCAACCAUUGAACAAUAACACCGAUAUUUGCGAGCCUAUCUGCGAGCCGAAUUGCAUCAAUGGGCAUUGCAUUCGUCCGCACGAGUGUAAAUGUAAUGAGGGUUAUCGAUUAUUGGAAACCGGUUCGAACGUUUGCCAACCUGUUUGCGAACAGCCUUGCGUGAACGGAGACUGCAUUGCGCCGAACAAGUGCGAAUGUUGGAAGGAUUAUCAACCAUUGAACAAUAACACCGAUAUUUGCGAGCCUAUCUGCAAGCCGAAUUGCAUCAAUGGGCGUUGCAUUCGUCCGCAAGAGUGCAAGUGCAAUGAGGGUUAUCGAGCAUUGGAAACCGGCUCGAACGUUUGCCAACCUGUUUGCGAACAGCCUUGCGUGAACGGAGACUGCAUUGCGCCGAACAAGUGCGAAUGUUGGAAGGAUUAUCAACCAUUGAACAAUGACAUUAAUAUUUGUGAACCGAUCUGCAGGCCGAAUUGCAUCAAUGGGCGUUGCAUUCGUCCGCACGAGUGUAAAUGUAACAAGGGUUAUCGAUUAUUGGAAACCGGUUCGAACGUUUGCCAACCUGUUUGCGAACAGUCUUGCGUGAACGGAAACUGCAUUGCGCCGAACAAAUGCAAAUGUUGGAAGGAUUAUCAACCGCUCAACAAUAGUACUAAUAUUUGCGAGCCGAUCUGUGAGCCGAAUUGCAUCAAUGGAUACUGCAUUCGUCCAUACGAAUGCAAGUGCGAUGAGGGUUAUCGAUUAUUGGAAAUCGGAUCGAACGUUUGCCAACCUGUUUGCAAACAAUCUUGCGUGAACGGAAACUGCAUUGCGCCGAACAAGUGCGAAUGUUGGAAGGAUUAUCAACCAUUGAACAAUGACAUUAAUAUUUGUGAACCGAUCUGCAGGCCGAAUUGCAUCAAUGGGCGUUGCAUUCGUCCGCACGAGUGUAAAUGUAACAAGGGUUAUCGAUUAUUGGAAACCGGUUCGAACGUUUGCCAACCUGUUUGCGAACAGUCUUGCGUGAACGGAAACUGCAUUGCGCCGAACAAAUGCAAAUGUUGGAAGGAUUAUCAACCGCUCAACAAUAGUACUAAUAUUUGCGAGCCGAUCUGUGAGCCGAAUUGCAUCAAUGGAUACUGCAUUCGUCCAUACGAAUGCAAGUGCGAUGAGGGUUAUCGAUUAUUGGAAAUCGGAUCGAACGUUUGCCAACCUGUUUGCAAACAAUCUUGCGUGAACGGAAACUGCAUUGCGCCGAACAAGUGCAAAUGUUGGAAGGAUUAUCAACCAUUGAACAAUAACACUGAUAUUUGCGAGCCGAUUUGCGAACCGAAUUGCAUCAAUGGAUACUGCAUUCGUCCAUACGAAUGCAAGUGCGAUGAAGGUUAUCGAUUAUUGGAAACCGGAUCGAACGUUUGCCAACCUAUUUGUGAACAGCCUUGCGUGAACGGAUACUGCAGUGCACCGGGUAAGUGCAGUUGUAACCAAGGUUAUGGUCCAUCCAAGAACAAUGGUACCAAUAUUUGCGAGCCGAUCUGCGAACCAAAUUGCAUCAAUGGAUAUUGUAUUCGUCCGCACGAAUGCAAGUGUAAUGAGGGUUAUCGAUUGUUGGAAACCGGUUCGAAUGUUUGCCAACCUGUUUGCGAACAACCUUGCGUGAACGGAAACUGCAUUGCGCCGAACAAGUGCAAAUGUUGGAAGGAUUAUCAACCAUUGAACAAUGACACCAAUAUUUGUGAACCGAUCUGCGAGCCGAAUUGCACCAAUGGAUACUGCAUUCGUCCAUACGAAUGCAAGUGCGAUGAAGGUUAUCGAUUAUUGGAAACCGAAUCGAACGUUUGCCAACCUGUUUGCGAACAACCUUGCGUGAACGGAAACUGCAUUGCGCCGAACAAGUGCAAAUGUUGGAAGGAUUAUCAACCAUUGAACAAUGACACCAAUAUUUGCGAGCCGAUCUGCGAACCAAAUUGCAUCAAUGGAUAUUGUAUUCGUCCGCACGAAUGCAAGUGUAAUGAGGGUUAUCGAUUGUUGGAAACCGGUUCGAAUGUUUGCCAAUCUGUUUGCGAACAACCUUGCGUGAACGGAAACUGCAUUGCGCCGAACAAGUGCAAAUGUUGGAAGGAUUAUCAACCAUUGAACAAUGACACCAAUAUUUGUGAACCGAUCUGCGAGCCGAAUUGCACCAAUGGAUACUGCAUUCGUCCAUACGAAUGCAAGUGCGAUGAAGGUUAUCGAUUAUUGGAAACCGAAUCGAACGUUUGCCAACCUAUUUGUGAACAGCCUUGCGUGAACGGAUACUGCAGUGCACCGGGUAAGUGCAGUUGUAACCAAGGUUAUGGUCCAUCCAAGAACAAUGGUACCAAUAUUUGUGAGCCGAUCUGUGAACCAAAUUGCAUCAAUGGAUAUUGUAUUCGUCCGCACGAAUGCAAGUGCAAUGAGGGUUAUCGAGCAUUGGAAACUGGCUCGAAUAUUUGCCAACCUGUUUGUGAACAGCCUUGCGUGAACGGAUACUGCAGCGCGCCGGAUGAAUGCAGUUGCAACCAAGAUUACAGCCCAUCUAAAGACAAUGGUACCAAUAUUUGCGAGCCAAUCUGCGAACCAAACUGCAUCAAUGGAUACUGCAUUCGUCCAUACGAAUGCAAGUGCAAUGAAGGUUAUGAAUUAUUGGAAACUGGCUCGAAUAUUUGCCAACCUGUUUGCGAACAGCCUUGUGUGAACGGAAACUGCAGCGCACCGAAUAAAUGCGAGUGUUGGACGAAUUACCAACCGCUCAACAAUGACACCAAUAUUUGUGAACCGAUCUGCGAACCGAACUGCACCAAUGGAUAUUGCAUUCGUCCAUACGAAUGCAAGUGCAAUGAGGGUUAUCGAGCAUUGGAGACCGAUUCGAACAUUUGCCAACCUGUUUGUGAACAGCCUUGCGUGAACGGAUACUGCAGCGCGCCGGAUGAAUGCAGUUGCAACCAAGAUUACAGCCCAUCUAAAGACAAUGGUACCAAUAUUUGCGAGCCAAUCUGCGAACCAAAUUGCACCAAUGGAUAUUGCAUUCGUCCAUACGAAUGCAAAUGCGAUGAAGGUUAUCAAUUAUUGGAAACUGGCUCGAAUAUUUGCCAACCUAUUUGUGAACAGCCUUGCGUGAACGGAAACUGUAGCGCGCCGAACAAAUGCGAGUGUUGGACGAAUUACCAACUGCUCAACAAUGAUACCAAUAUUUGCGAGCCAAUCUGCGAACCAAACUGCACCAAUGGAUAUUGUAUUCGUCCAUACGAAUGCAAGUGCAAUGAAGGUUAUCGAGCAUUAGAAACCGGUUCGAACAUUUGCCAACCUGUUUGUGAACAGCCUUGCGUGAACGGAUACUGCAGCGCGCCGGAUGAAUGCAGUUGCGACCAAGGUUACGGCCCAUCCAAUGAUACCAAGAUUUGCGAUCCCGUGUGCGAGCAAUCGUGCGGUGAGAAUGGGAUCUGCGUUGCGCCCAACAGCUGCGAAUGCAAGCUGGGUUACAAACGGAAUUCCACGACGUGGAACGAGACUUUAUCCAACGUUUGCGAGCCCGUCUGCGAAUUCGACUGCGGAAACGGUACCUGCGCUGCCCCGAACGUGUGCACCUGUUACGCGGGCUACGCGAAAAGCUUUGGGCAAGAUCGGUGCGAUCUUGCGUUGUGCGAGUCUUGCGACAAUGGAACGUGCACGAGACCCGGGGUGUGCGAGUGCGACCAAGGUUUCGUCGAAGCGAGACGAGGGAAUGGAACCGUCUGCGAGCCGUAUUGCGAGAAUUGCUCGAACGGAAGCUGCGUUGCACCUGGCGACUGCCUAUGCAACUUGGGCUUCGUGAAGGAGGAUGACGCGUGCGUUGUCGCGUGCCGAGACAAUUGCAGUGAUCGUGGGAUCUGCAACGUCGAGAACAGAACUUGUCGUUGUUUCUACGGAUGGGAUGGGACGUAUUGCGAGGAGCCAAGAUUUUGCGUGUUCGUGAUGGAGAACGGGAUGGAACGGUUGAACGUAUGGAACGUAGAGUACGAUGUGAACGAUACGAUUGAUUACGUGUUCGCCAACAGUCCAUCGUGUUAUCACGAUUGUUUGAAGAACGAAAUCUUGUGCAGUGGAAAGUACAGGAAGGACGGCAUGGGGAACGAUACGAUCGCCUGUCUGAUCGAUUCUAAUUGCAGUCGAGUGUACGCGUUUCUCUCGAAUCACGUGACGAUAGGUGGAAUAGCUAUGGGUAUCGCUAUGGUUAUAACCGGUAGCGCCAUCCUCAUCUGCUCGCUGACACGAAAAGCGAGAAAGAGGAAAUCUUCUCGAGGUGACGCGCCAAUAUCGAUGCAGAUGCGGAAUCGAGAUGGAGAGAGGAACGGUUGAAGGACAAGUUUAUCCGCACGUUUAUAAUUUGUUAUAAUUUAUAUUAAAUUAUUGUAAUCAAUAAAAAAAUACA